CCAAAACCGCAGAAGUCAUCCGCGAUAUUCAACAGUACCAGAACGUCCCAUACCUUCUUCAGCCUGUCCCUGAAUUGCAGGACUACAUCCUCAGCAACCUUCAGAACGCAGGCGAUGUGCACGACAUGUACGAUCGGAGUUUGGAAGUUGAACCCAGAGAGCGGGAAGACGAAAAAAUUGCGAGACUGUUGUCGGAAUCGGGUUUCCUGUAGUGCUCGCCUCGCCUCGAUUCUCGCUUCUCCGCCGGGGCUCCUUAUCACCACCCCGGUCGACCUGCUAUUCACUCGGCCAGAUACCGAACGACCACCUAUCACAAUGCUUGAACGACGUCCAAUGGCGCGAUCGCAAUUCACUCCAGCUACGCCAUGCAACUUUAUUUCUCAGGGGGCUGGUCCCACGAGCCGCCAAAUCCAUGAUCCGAACCUCCCUUCCGACGGGCUUCUCCUUUAUCUCUCUGUCUGCCCCCACCUGGCCAAUCAUGCAAUUCGCCUGGACACUAUGCGACAUUCCCACUCUGAUUCUUGGCUUCGCCUGGACGAUCGCCAUCUCUCUGAUCGACUACUCUGGCAGCCGUUGCACAAGAAGCUCGGGCAAACCCUUCUGUCACCUUGAGUCCGAAAGAAGUUCCUGGAUAUCCUGUCACUUUCAGCGCUCGUCAUCAGUCCAGUGGACAUCUUAUUCUUUUCCUUAAAGGAAUGGUGCCCAAGAAUGGCCCAUUAGACUAAAGAAAAGCAGCGCAGGAUCUCUAUCAGUGCUGGCAUAAACAUGCAGGGAUGUCUACAGCGACUCCUACGAUGUCGGCCUAGACUCCUGGUCC